AUGACAUCCAUGCAGAACAGAUCUGAAGUGAAUGAGUUCAUCCUUACAGGAUUAACAGAUGUUCCAGAGCUUCAGGUCCCUCUCUUCAUAAUAUUCACCCUCAUCUACCUCAUCACCCUGAUAGGGAACCUGGGGAUAGUAGCUCUGAUCUCCAGUGAGUCCUGCCUCCACACUCCCAUGUACUUUUUCCUCAGUAACCUCUCUCUGGUGGAUUUUGGCUACUCCUCAGCUGUUACCCCUAAGGUGAUGGCUGGGCUUCUCACAGGGGAUAAGUUUAUUUCCUAUAAUGGAUGUGCUACACAGUUGUUUUUUGUUGGGGCCUUUGCUAUUACUGAAAGUUUCCUCUUAGCCUCCAUGGCUUAUGAUCGCCAUGCUGCUAUUUGUAAACCUCUAUAUUAUACUACCACAAUGACAUCUACAGUCUGUGCACAUCUGGCCAGUGGUGCAUACAUAUGUGGUUUUCUGGUCUCCUCCAUACUCAUAGGAAACAUCUUUAGCCUUUCCUUCUGUAGGUCCAACAUAGUCCACCACUUUUUCUGUGAUAUUCCCCCUCUCCUCGUUCUCUCUUGCUCUGACACUCACAUUGUUGAGUUAAUAGUCUUUAUCUUAGGGUCAUUAAAUACCUUUUUCCUAUUUCUUGUUAUCUUUACCUCUUACUUGUUAAUCUUCAUCACCAUCCUGAAGAUCCAUUCUACUGAAGGCCGCCAGAAGGCAUUCUCUACCUGUGCUUCCCAUCUCACAGCAGUGUCCAUAUUCUAUGGGACAAUGUUGUUCAUGUAUUUCCAACCCAGCUCAAGCCAUUCCAUGGACACAGACAAAAUAGUGUCAGUGUUCUACACCAUGGUCAUCCCCAUGUUGAACCCUCUGGUCUAUAGUCUGAGGAACAAAGACGUCAAGAAUGCUUUUAGGAAAGCUGUGAGGGGACAACGACUUCAAUUGCAUCAUAUAAUGAAUGGAGCACCUCACAAUUGGCACCCUAGUUUGAAUAAUCCUUCACUGUAG